AUGAUCGCCCAAGACGCCACCUCCAGUAUCCCGAGCAAACGCGGCUCAUCAGCUCUCCAAAUGGGGCCUCGAAAAAAAGUUUCCUCCUCCGACCCGCUUGUCUCUCACGGACGCCACUUUGGUCGAACGGUAUUCUCAUUGUGUAACUACCCUUCCUUACUCACCAAUGGCAUCUUAAGACUGGAACUACUGGAGGAUACUCCUUUGGAGGAAUUCUCUGCUGAAGAGCGGCGAGAGCAUCGCGUCUUCGGGCAACUUUUAGACUCAUAUCCCGGCCUCCUGGAACGACUCAAAGAUGGGUCCGAGGAAGAAAUCCUUCACGUUGGAGAGCUGAUUGGUAAGGGAGCCGCAGGUGCCAGAGGCGACGACACAAAAACCUUGAAGUCUGCAGUGCUCGACUGGAUUUCCCCGAAAGGGGAAGCCAUACAACCUCCUUUACAUAGAAACUCCAAGAUUGAUCGUGGUUUUAAUCACGAACUCACCGGUUCUCUCCUCUGCCCCGCUGGGUUGGACUGGAAUGACUCUCGGAUGAAAGAGGACCUACGAAGUGGCGAAAUGCUAGUUUGUGGAGAUCAAUGGCCUAUUUUUUUGUACGCCCUCCAUACUUAUGACCCCGAAGACCCGUGGUGUGGUCUUCUUAGGAGCCGCUUGCUAGUGUGCGCUUACAAGCAUGUUUUCACGUCCCCAAGUUCAGUCGAGAGGGAGCCGAAGGCCACGCGUUCGGGAAAUGCUCGCCUCCAUGGCAUGAAUGCUGUGACCAUUGCUUCUGUGGCUUAUAUCGCAACCCAGGUGCGAUUUGCUCUCAGUUCGUCCUCGGUAUUCUCGCGGACCGAUACAACUACGGACUCUGAGACGUUUUACCACAGUCUCCUUGACCUCUUAGAAGACCCCGAGGAAUGUCAAGAAGUCGAUGAACUGCUGACCUGGUGGAAUUGCCAAGUGUUUCCCACAUCCUCUGCUGCGAAGAGACCUAUCAGUGCCAAUAGCGCCUUAUCCAAGAUCCGACAAAAACGCCUUGCUCUCAGACAAGCCGCAGAUUCGGAUAAUGGGUCUCUGUAG